AACGGCUGUAAAUAAAUGUGCGCCUUGAAAGCGCCACAGAGUAAGAACUGAAAGGUCUGGCGCUUGAAGCGGAUACCUUAAGAAAAUGUGCUUGGCAUUGCAGCAUAAAACUAGGAGCGCACUUGUUGCGCGUUAGGAUCUCUUGGCCACCCUGCCAUACCUUUCAGGAUGUGUUCAUAAAGCACAGCAAGGGGGCAGCCUUUCCGUGCCUGUUCAGGAACAAACGCGUGGUUAGUUACUCCGGAUCACUGAAGCAACUCGGGAGUUUCAACCCUACGACGGGCGCGCGCGCGCGCAAUGCCUUGGACGACCUGCUCCCAACCUCGGAAGGAGCCCAAUUAAAUGAAUCAGCAUGCUCAAGCGAGCGUCGCCCGAAACCGCCGCCCAGCAGGCGGAGCGAAGCCGGCCGCUCGCCUUGGCGAGGAAUAGCGCAAUGACAGCAGCAGCGAGGGAGAGCGACUCCAGGAGGAGCUCUUGGCCCGGCUACCCGAAGGCGCGAGAGGCGCCCAGAAGUUUCCAGCGGGGCAGCUGCCCUGCGUCUCUCCUCCUCCUCCUCCUCCUCCUGUUUGGCUCGGAGCGGCUAUUUCCAGACACUUCCACCCCCUUCGGUGUCCCCUCCCUCCUCGCCAUCGAGCGAUAAAGGUGCCCAGCCGGCCGGGGCCGCCUCGCUUGACUCUCCAGCGCGUGGCCCAGCGGGCGCCUGCGCUGCUCCUCGCUCGCUCUCCGGCGCUUCCCGUCUCUUUCGCGCUCGCUCUCCGUCCGGCGCGCAGCAGCAGCAGCAUGAGCGCGGCCGCUCAGCCCCCCGCCAUGGUCCACCUGGAGGCCGGCGCGGGCGAGCGGGAGCCCCUGCCUCCGGGCUGGGAGGUGAAGGUGGACCCGCAGACCGGCUGGCCUUUCUUCGUGGAUCACAACAGCCGCACAACCACUUGGAACGACCCGAGACUCAGGGGGGAUCCGCUGCCCAAGGUGCCGCCCGGUUCUCUUUUCUUCUUUUUGCGCACGGGAACUUGGGAAGAGUUUGGCGAGGGGGGGGGGGUCGGGCGGAGAGGGAGAGGCGCACCCACCCCCCAUUCAGGGCAGGGGGCUCCCUCCCGACUUUAUCGGAGUUAAACCUGAGGGGCGAAGGGCGCGCGCGUGGAGAAGGGGGUUGCGCGCGAGACCUUUGGCGCCUCGAGGUUUUUUCUUGGAGAGGGUGGGGGACACUCCUUGGGACUUGGCAGAACCGUCCUGGUUGGCGUAUAGGUGGCUUCUGUGUAGUGGGGGUGGGAGUGGGACGCCUCUCUCAGACACCGGGAGAGGGGGCGCUUCUUGGUCUCAGACUGGGGCGUUUAUUGGGGGGGGGGGAGUCCUUCCUCUCCACGGAACGUGGCGCAGGGCGGCCUGCGUUGUGUGCGUGACUGUGUGUCUCGUUCUGCUGUGGUGACUCAGAAAGAAUGUUGUUCGGGGCCCUCAGUUCUUUCUUGGCGGUGGAAUUGGGAGUUGGUGGGGCGGGAGGGGGGUGAGACCGGCCGGGGAGCCGCAGGCAACUGAAGGGCGCCGGGGAGCCUUCCCCAGCUGCAACUCCGGAUGGCACCGCUUGAAGGACAGCGGCGGCGCGCUUCCCCGAGGCUCCGUGAGCAAUGCAAUGCGGGUGGGGGCAGUGCCAGGAAAAGCCUGUCCUCUCUCUCUCUCCCCCCCCCCCCCAGUAGAUGGCAAUGCAGUGAGGCCAGGAGUUGGCUUUUGUCUCUGACGCACUGCAGUCCUUUUUUUGUGCAUUAAAUCAUUUGAUACCUCGGUCCUCGCAGUGUUUAUUUAAAGUUGGCUAACUCGGCCUGUAAAAACUUUGGAUUUAGUUCGCUGGGGUGUGCGCCUCAAUUACUGAACAGCAGUUCUUUUAAAACCCCUUGUAUAGGGGAUUUCCUUUUUUCUCUCUCCCACUUUUCUUUUCCUUUAUAAUUAUUUAUUUUAAAAAAGGCUUGAUCAUGGAAAGAUUCCCAAAUCUGGUGGUAUCAGUAGACAGAGACAUGUCCUGAUAGCUGCAGAAGGAUGCACUUUAGAAAAACCAAAACUUUCCCCUCUGAGGUUCUGUCAUAUUCAUCCUGAGAUGUGUAAGAUUAUGUAAAAAACCGAUGUUUUUGUUCCAUUGCCAUUAAUCUGUUGGUUAUGCAAUGACCAAAUGACUUGUCUGAACUAGAAAGUUAAUACCAUAGUGGAAACAAUUGCUGGGUUUUCCUCCUAUUCACUUGCAGGGAUUUUUGCAUAUGCUUGUUUUAGAGAGUAAAACAGUGAUUGGCAUACCUUGGUAUGUGUCACACCUCUUGGAGAAGUCAUAUUCACAAUUGUCAGAAGUACAACUUGCUUAGUUUUGGGGAUCUUGUUGAGCAUGCCGGAGCAAAGCUCCAAAGUGCCAGUCAGAUAGAUUUGAGUGAUCUCUACUGAACAAUGUACUUGGCUUUUGUCCUGAAAACUUCAUUGCUUCAGCUGUCAGAGAGAGUUCUUGAUGUUCUGGAAGCAGCUUCCAGCUUUACUAUUAAAAAGUUGUGCAGUGCCAGUGAUGUGAGGGCUUAAAACUAACAGCCACACUAAAGUGAAAACUAACACUCAACCCAUUUUACAAUUACUGUAGUUUCUUUUAAAUUAAUUGGGAUUUUUUAAGCAAACAUUUAUAACAGCCUUUUUGAUUAAAAAUAUUAUAUCCUUGAAGGCUAAACCAGAGUAAAAUAGCUCUCUUUGAAGAACAAUUCAAAUAACAAAUUAUAUAAUUAGUUCAUUUAAAAAUUUGAAAAAGGUCCCCAUAGCUGAAUAACAUUGCCUAACUAAAAGUCACAAGAAACAGAGGUCUUCUCAGCUUUUCAAAAAGAGUGGAGUGUGCUGGACUUUCAAAUGUCAACAUGUAUGAAGUUCCAGAGACAUGGAACCAGGUGCAUGCGAGGAGGGGGCACUUGCCCUGGGCCUUGGAGGGCUAAGCCAGUGCAGGGCCCUGCUAGGAACCUGCCAGACUUACGCUGUUGUGUCAGAAAUGCCCUGGGCCUCCUAGCCAACUGGGGACUCCUGCCCUGGGCCUCAGACGAGCUCUGCACAUGGGACCACCACAAAAAGCCCAUGACAACCUCACCAAUUUAGGUGGCAGGCAAGGAAGGAGGAACAAUAUGUGUGCAUCUCAUCCCUCAAAUAGCUUGGACCCAAACUGUUUAGGAUAUUAAUGAUUAAAACCAGCACCUUAAAUCGGGCCCGAAAGCUCACUGUCGAGCACCCCUCAGGAUUUUAGCAGCAGCAAUCUUUAAAAGCAGCUCCAUGUAGAGCGAGUUAAAAGUACUCAAUCCUGGACCAGGGCAUGGAGUCUUGUGGUCAGGUUGAACCUCUCCAGAUAGGGCUAUAGCUGAUAACUCCACUUUGUAAAUGCCCUGGGCGAAGGGAGGUCUAUAUACAUAACCAACUGACACUAGAGGGAAGGAAAACCUUCCUUAGUUAACUUAUAUUCAGCUUCAGGUAAAGUUUCAUUGUAUUCAUUUAUUACAUUUGUAUACCAUCCAUAUAACUAAUUUCUUUGCGUGGUUUACAAAUAUGUUUAAAUAUGUUUAAAGUUAGGGAGGGGAGUUAGAAUUCCUCAUGGCACAGAGGAAUGGUUUUAGUAGACACACUCCUUAUAAAUGAAUACUGAAUAUAUAUGUGGUACAAUUUCCUUAACCCUACAUGGUUAUUUUUUUUAAAGGAAACUAGUGCUAACUGCAAAAAUCUGCCUUGUCACUUUUUAAGAUUAUCUCAUACUAGUAUUUGAAGUUUAUAUUUUGCAUUCAUAGAUGCACAAUUCCAGUUCUUGUUGAAAGGACCUCCUCUCCCAAAUCAUAGGCCAGCAGCUUGUUCUGUGCUUGUAUCCUGGCCUAAUUGUUGAUUAUAUCCUGUUUUGAUGGAUAGAUAUAAAAAUAUUGCCUAUACAAUUGUUCCUAGUAAUGGGCUAUAUCGUGCACAUCAAAUUUCAGCUUUCUAAAUGGCCUGAAAUGAUCUUGCUCAUGCUGGGGUACAGUUUUCCUUUUUUCUAGGAAGAGACGAGUACUAUGUAUGCGUCAGAUUUCAGCCUUCUAGUGGUCUGAAAGCAGUGAUGAGAAACAGAUAUAUUUCCACUACUGUAUUUUUCUUCAAAAAUUUCUCCAUUUCUACAAAUGCAUUGUAAAUAGAAGGAUAAAUAAAAAUGAGAAGUACACAUAAUCUGCACAAGAUAAAUCAAUCCUGAUUUAUUAUGGACGUAAAAAAAUUAUAUUCUUCAUUCCCCCCCCCCCAAAAAAAAUCUUAUAAUUGACUGGAAGUAUCUUAUACGUAAGGGCAUACAAAUUGAGAAGAGUGGUGUACAACUGUUCUCUCCCCCCACCCCCAGCCAAAGCAGCAGAAUGUCUUGGACUACAUUUGGAUCCAAUUUCAGGGCUCUGCCUCAUUAGAAAAUACCCUACAAUUUUGAUUCACCAUGCAUGAAUCAGUCAGUGAGGCACAGCCUGUUGAAACAAACUGAUUUAACAUGGAGACAGACUGCCUAUGUUUGAACUUAAUACAGUAUACGUAAUGAUGGAAUUUUUGAAGUUCUUAAAUACAAGCCAAGAUUUUAGCACGUAGAUGAAAAAUAAUCUAUGGAUUUUCUCAUUCAGACAUAUCGCAUGACACUAAAUACAGGUUAGUUUGAAGCUGGAAACAAAAAAAGCCAUUUGCACCUAGGAAUUUUGUACCCCAAAGAUUUGAUACUUUGCACCUUUUGGGUAAUCGGUACCUUCCAAAAGAAAGUGGUUUAGGUCUUUGUGCAGCCAAUAAGAUUUCUCUCAUCCUGCAGUAUGUCAUGCAGGAAUUGGGUACAGUGAAUCAGCAUAGUCAGGUUCCACCCAAAAACUGUAAAACCCUGGAUGGCCAUGAAUGUCUAAUGCCUCUUUUUUAUUUUGUGAAUUUCAGAUUGAUUAAUAUCAUAAUCAUUCACUGUUAAUGGGUUGCAGCUGAGAACUCAAAAUAUAUUGCUUGAAAAGGAAACAAAAUAUUCUUCUUUCCAUGAUGGGGAUUAAACAUACUUAUGUCAAAUUAAACUGUGUAACAAGUGGAGACAUGGUGUACAGCAUUUCUCGCCUACUGAAGUAUCAUUUACUGGGGGCCAAUGAACUGCUGCUAUGUAAAAGCUGGUUGAAAAUGUUGCUGCACAGCCGCCGCCCCAGGUGGCGUCUGUAAUGUGUAGGAACAGCUAACCACCUGGGUUGACCCUAGCAUGUGAAGAAUCUCCAUGGCAGCACUGCACAUUCCUGUCAGCAGUUAGUGCUGGCAUGGAGACUCUUCAUAAUAAUGGGGUGAUCCACCUCAUAAGCUCCUUCUACAUGUUCCAGAAGCUUCGUGCAGCCAUCCACUGCCGUAGUAGGAUGGCCAUUUGAGCAGCCUUUCCAUAGCUUCAUGAAAUGUGUGAAUAAACCUUUCGUGUGUUGAAAUUCUCAGCCCUCUUUGAGUGUGCUAUAUGCAUUUAAUAUUACAAAUGGAAAGGUCCCCUUGCUUUUGCAGGGGUACACAAUUGGAAAACAGGAAGGAGAAACUUAAUUCCCAUAGUAUGAUUUAAGAAGCCAAGAUGCUAGAUCGUGGAUGAUAUUCAAAGUGCAUAGCCAUAUCAGUUUAAUUAGACUAGCACUUUAAUUAGACUAGCAGUGUACUAGGCCAACUUGGAUAUUUUUGCACUGAAAAAAUAAAGGCUUGUGAACAGAAAUAGUUGGUGGUUUUUAAAGUGGUUUUGCUAUUUCUCUAAAAACAGUGUUUCAGUUAUAGACCAAAAUGUUAGGAAACGUCAAGUGAAUUUUUUAUUUUAAAAAUGCUUCAGUAGUUAUAAGAUGCUUUUUACUCUCUUGAAAUAAUGGGAAAUGUUGCUGUACGUGAGCUAUAAAUAAAAGUAGCAUUUGCAGUGUUAGGAAUACUACUACUGUACUAAUGCAGUAGUAGUAUACAAUCAUAAGAAUACUUGAAAUCUUAUUAUAUCCCACUGAUUUUAAUGGAAUUUGCUUAUGUAGCUUAUGAUUGGUUUCAUGGUAGAUAAACAAGUGGUAGUUAAAAGUAUUUUUCUUCUUACCAGGUUAGAAUAAAUAUUUAUACAUUUUUUAGAAGUAGCAAAAAUGAUUGCAGCAUUUGAAGCACUGACUGGGAAAUAAUGUUUCAUAGGAGAGGAAAGUUGGUAAAUAUGCCAGCUAAAAUAAAAAUAAGGGUUUUCUCCCUAGGCUUGAUUAUUAUUAUUUAAAUGUGUUGAUUUAAAUGUGUGCUGUUAAUUUGUCAACAGAGUAGGCAUUAGUAUAAGCCAAAGAUAUGACUAUGGCCUAAUAUAGUUUUUGGAAUAUGCCAGUAUGUUGCACACAUUCAAAUUAUGUUGUUUGCAACUGGUAACCUUGAUUGGCAUUGUGAUUUCAUGCUUUAAAAUAGCAGAGCUAGGAGUAAUUUCACAUGCCAGUAAAGUGGCCUCAGAUCUUCCAAACAUGGCUGCUGUUAGGGCCAAAGUUAGACAGACAGACUGUAUGUACAUAAUAAGAUGGGCAGAUGGAUGCUACUUCAUUCUAGAUUGCUUCAUGACUAAUUUUGAAAUAUAUAACCUCCUCACUUGCCAUCUUGAGUGUUGUAAGUCUGAAACAAGAUAGGAAAGAGAUUUUGUUGAGCCGUUUUUCUUUUGGGUCAAAUUUACUGACCCAGUAUUGCCGACCAAGUAAAAUAAUACAUUUUUACUGAUGGAUCUGACCAAUGGGCCAUCUCGCCCAGCUUCCAGUUCACAUAGUGGCCAACCAGAUGCCUAUGGGAAGCAUUUUUAAAUUUUAUUUCUAAGCCACAAACGUGGUCUUCUUAAACUGGCAAGUGUGUGUGUUUGCGUGUAUGCACGCACAUACACAUGUAUGCAUAUUUGAAUGAGCAAGGAAGUGGCUCCCAGCUUGCCAUCUUGGUGAACACACCUAGGGAGCAAAUGGCACAUCUUCCAAAUCAUUAUUUGACUUUUUACUGCCUUGAGGUCCUGCCUUUUGAGCCUUAAAGCAUGCCACACUUGUCCCCAUUUCUGUUUAUAUACCAGCUUCAUGCUUGGGACAAAUAUGAGUGUUACCUAUACUGUACCUGUCCAUGUUACUUUUAGGUCAUCAUUAAGGAGAGCUUAAACCGUCUGUCUGUAGGCUGAAGAGGGUUGGUACAACCAACUGAUAAACAAGAAUGUUUUCUUGGUAUAUAAUAUUGUCUAAUUGUAUAAAUACUAUAAGAAGAGCCUCCUGAUUUUUAGCAAAUGAUUUUCUACCACAUUUCCUUUCACUUAUGAAAUAGUGCUCCUGCCCAGCUUCUAAGCUACCUUUUCUUCUACCCCUCUUCUGUAAUAAUUCUGUCUCCAGCUUAAGCCAGCGGUGAAGGACCCUGAUCCCCCUUCCAUUUAGCAACUCUUGUGGACCUAUGAUUUACACUUGGAAAUCUACAUAGGUUUGCCUACAUUUCUGUGUGUUUAUUUUGCAUUGUGCAUUGCAGUAUCCUUAUUUUGGCCCACUGAGCAUUAAAAUCAUGUACAGGUUCACUGCUCUGCCUCUGAGGCACAUUCGUGCUGUAGCAAAUAACUUGCUGGAAACUCUGUCUUCCUCUUCUCCAAGGAAAAGCUCUUUGUACUGCUUGCUUUUAGUCUGGUGAGAUGAAGCGAUGAUGCAAGUUCAAUUUAUGCAGCAUUUAUUUCAUCACCUUCUGAUGGAGCCUGAGCCUAGCAUCCAUUUAUAGGCAUGUAGGGUGAAUGGUUUUGUAUGCUCUAAGGAAGCUAGGGCAUUGUUGCCAACGAAGGCCCAUCUUGAUACACAGGCAAAUAGUUUAUUUUCUAUUAUUAAAAACCAAGAAAGAAAACUAUAUCACUAGAUUCGUGCAGUUUCUGAAUUGCCUCAGGUACUUUCUUUUCUUGCCAGCAUGUUUACCAGACACUGCUUCAGGAAACAACUACAAAGCCCACUUAAUUAGCAUUAAGUAUAAAUCAUGAUAUAAAAUUGAUUUAGAUAUCAAAAGUAGACAGGUGCAUAAAUACACUGCAUGAUGAACCAACAGAGAUAAUAAAUAUGAACUAAAUUGAAAAAUGAGUCAGCUUGGCUUUUUGGAAGUAUUCUUGGCAAACACUAAUGAACCUUGGAUCUUGUAUAUGCCAGCACUAAAACGUGAGGAUUGAGACAAUAGAAAUCAAGCACAUAUCUGCUUGGAAAAAAGGUGGUUAUAUUGUACUUGGACUCAGAAGACCAGAAGUGUCUUGAUCAUAUUAGGUAAAUGAAAUGGAAAUAAUAGUCUGUUAGGUGUUUAAAGUUCUAUCGGUGUAAAGUACUUCUAUAUAACUAUGAUAAAUGAGAACAUAGUAACCUGGCAAGGACGAAAGAGACCAAAAGCAAACCUCACCACCACCAAACCCAAGUUUAAUUGAGGCGAUUAGCUACUGUCUUUGUGAGAGGAUGGUAGAAGGAAGCAGGUGGUGAUUCCAUCUUUAUUCCUGCUUCUGGAUCACCUGAUAGUUCAAUGCGCUUAUCCUCUUCCACCUGUUCUUUUGCUCUGACCCAUUUGUUUAUAUAGACAAAAUACUAGCCAGAAAAAUGCACAUGUUUAGCACGUGAGGCAAUGGGGUGGAAUCAAAAUGGGUCCAGAGGCCGGUAGAGUGUUGGGAAGAGAGGGAUCAGAAAUAUUGCAACUUUAGAGGUAUGUUUGUGCUAGCUGUAUGUUUUCAGGUCAAAUUUCUAUCUGAAUAGCUUGUACUGAAUAGCAUGCACUCAUUCUGUUCUUGACAGUGCUGCAUUAUAAAGUUUUACCAUAAUUCUACUCAUGCUGGCAAUUGCCCCACCACCUGUCAUACACUGUUAAUUGACUUGGGCCACAAUCCCUUGCACAGUCACCUAGGAAUAAGCUCCAUUAGACAAAGGGGAACUUGCAUCUUUUUAAACGUGCACAGGAUUGUGCUGUGUUAAAUGCAGCUCAUAGUUCUAGUGUAAACGGAAAAUGCACUAAGAGAGCACCAGCAAACUUGGACAAAACAGAUCAUGAAGACCUGCAAAAGAGGCUACUGUAGGUACACCCUCAAAUUAAGAUUGUGUCACAUAUUUUUGAGUAAACAUAGCUCUUCUUCCUGUUGAACAUGCUCUCAAAUGAAAAAUCAUGACAAUCUCAUACCAUUGCAUCUGUUGCAGCUUUCCUACACUAGAGCCAGUGUGGUAUAGUGGUUAAGAGCAGAAGACUCAUAAUCUGGUGAACCGGGUUCACAUAUCCGCUCCUCCACAUGCAGCUGCUGGGUGACCUUGGGCUAGUCACACUUCUUUGAAGUCUCUCAGGCUCACUCACCUCACAGAGUGUUUGUUGUGAGGGAGGAAGGGGAAGGAGAAUGUUAGCCGCUUUGAGACUCCUUCAGGUAGUGAUAAAGUGGGAUAUCAAAUCCAAACUCCUCCUCCUCCUCCUCUUCUUCUUCCUUGUAAAUUUCAAGAUACAGCUAGAUCAUAGGAACAUUAGCCUACAUAAGGAAUGCAUAAAAACUGAGCAAGAUUUGUUUCACCAGUGGAACAAACUUCCACUCUGCUGUGGGGAGAAAUGCUUGCCAAAUCCUCUUAAGAAAAUAAAGGCAUUCUCUAACCUGAACAAACUGCAGGUGUGUAAAGAUUGUCGUCUUUACCUAUGUUGUUGUUGUUGUUGUUGAAGGGUCUGGCUUCCUCUUAAGGAUCUUGGGAACUGUAGUCCCAGCGACCUUAAUGAACCAUAGUUUCCCAAUGUUCCAUGUGCUUUCAGUGUAUGGUGUGGAAGUGAGUAUGGCUGAGAUGCUUUCUGACUGUGGCUUCUUCCUGGGAAGUCAUAUGAAGGAUGUAGCAACAGAGCAUUUUUCUUUCCCAGUUGCAAAAUUUUGUGCUGACUGCUCCUCCUUCAUUUAUCCUUUUGGUAACCUCUCAAUAGUAGCCAUAUCCUUUAGACAAAACAGUUCCUGUAAUUCCCCUCAAGUAAAUCUUCUAGCACAAUUUGGCUGUCUCUUCCCUGGUUUAUAAUUAAUAUUUCCAGCAAGCCUCUCUGCUGAGUGGGAGCAAGCUCCUUCCACAAGUGGCCUGCUGGUAACAAUGACCUCUGACCCCUCCUUCUCCCUAUGUGUAAUAGCGAGGAAGGGCAGUGGGUAAGAGUCACACACACAAGAGAAGGUGGUGUAGAGACCUCCUUGAAAUGCACUCUUCUGUCUCCUUCUUGCCUUUGUAUAUGGCCCCUCUCCCUGCCAGCUUGGAAAAGCAAAAACGGUAUGUGUGUGUUUGCGGGUAGCUAUCAAAAGGGCAUGAGAGAGCUAUAUAUCUUUCAUGUGCUCUAUUCUGUUUUUCUACCAUUUUUUUCAGUUCAGGAAAAGCAAAUGGGAGACAGACAGAAGAGUGCAAGGCUAAUGAAGCCCACGGUGGUUUUGAAAGUCAAGAGAGGAAGAAAAGUAUACAAGGAACAGAAUUAUCUUCGCACACCCCUUUGCCUCUGUCCUGCACCUCCGAACAAGGAGGAGGGGCUGGGUUGAGCCUGCAGGCCUACCAUUUCCCAAACCUUACUGUGUAGCCUAUGCACACUUUCAGAACACUUAUGGAGGGAGAAGUACACAUUAACCCCACCUUCAGUGUCCCCGACCUGUUGGCUCCAUCCCUGGCCUUCAUUCUUCUUCUUGAUUCUUGAAGCAGGAAGGUUGGAAGAGGAAGCCUUCACUGGUUCAGCCAAACAUGCUUAGAAUUAUGCAUGGGAAUGGAAACCUUAUGUGGCCAAGGCUUCCAUUCUCAUUAAGUAUUCAAAGUGAAUGAAACUGAAUUCUGUUAAAAAAUGUGAAGGUUGGGGAUGAAGCUGGCAGGUGCAGUGGAGGCAGGGCAAGCAUGCACAGCCCCAUUCCUCCAUGGGUUGGAGGCAAAGCCUUGAACCGGGUUUAUAUCUUCUUUUAUGUUGCUGUAGCAGUUGUCUUUCUGGUCAAAGCAUGCCUGGUCAUGUAAUGCCCUACAGAGUGAUUUGUGUAAAGCCGUUGAUUGGAUAUCAUAUAAUGCUGCUUAAUGUAUUGUAAGUGUAGCUGGUACUUAACCUCAGUACUUAGGGAAUUGUUUAAGGUGUGUCUGCAUUCCUCACUCAUGUGCCUUGUAAUUUAAGAAUCUCUCUCCCUUCACUGCACUGGUGAAGCAAAGCAGAGAUAAGAUGCUUGGGCCAUUCAUAUUCAUUCUAGAUCACUUGGAUUUAGCAGAUCUAGUUUAGACCCUUUUGAUAUUUUAGCAUUUGAUUUAUUUAAGAUAGUUUUAUCUUAGGUAAAAAGUCCCAGGGAGAUUUGCAUAAUAAUUAGAAUACAAGUAAAGCAGAUGCAGUAAUUAUAAAUAUACAGUACAGAAAUGGUAUCAAGAACUGAAAACCCAGAUGAAUACAAUCACUGGAGGCUACAGUUGUGCCUGAAAGUCCAGGGAAAAUAAAAAGAUCUUUGCCUGGCACUGAAAGAACACAAAAAUCCAGUUUUUGUGAUAAGCCCAAGGUAUGAUAACUUAAAAUGUCCCUUCUUCCUUCUCUUCCCCACAAUAACGUUUCAGUAGACUGAGACUUGCACCAGAAAUCCCAAAAUAUAUUUUAAUUGCUCCUCCCACAACAUGGACAGCAGAAUGAAGGUGCAUUUUUAGAAAUGAUUAAAGAUUUCAAACAAACUCUUUCUGGCUAGCACAAUUUUAAAACUUUUUAACACUCAAUCACUUGUCUUUCUUUAUUCUAAUUGAUUUCUAAGGCCAGAUUUGGCCGUAAAGGCUGCUACAGGCAGCUCAGAAUUAGGAAGCUUCUCUCCGCGUGAAAUAACUCUUCUCUCUGAAUUGCAGAGUGUGACUCCUACCCCUUCCACUUGCAAGGAACGAGGGUCUCUCCUUUGCAGAACAAGUUGUAUUCCCUCCCCUUUACUAACUGUGCUUCUCUGGAACUAGGCAUAUUUCACGUUCAUGUCAACUUUGUUGUUAAUAUUAAACUGCUUUGAGGGUUUUCUACAAUCAAGCAGUGUAUAGAUUUUAUGAAAUAAACAUUAGUUUUCUGUUCUUUUGCUCACUUAGACUAGCAGCAUGGGUAAGAAACAAAACCAAAACUCAGUGCAAUGCAGAAACAAUAAUAAUAAAAUACAAGACCAAUAAGCAAGUAAGAAUAUAGAACAUUCUAAUUUUCCUAGUUUGUACACCUCUCUGAGAUCUUAAGAAAACCUAAGUAUAGUAAAUGCGGUAUAGUAAAUGCAAACCACAAAAAAUAUAGUUAUAAUUAAAUUAUGUAGUAAGAGUUAAAACAGCAAAGAAAAUGAAAUGACUGGUUCUAAAGAAUAUUGGAAUAUUUUUAUUGCAAAACAAUUAGCCCUUGAAGGUCAAAUAGGUGAAUAGCUCUUGCCUGAUAACUGAUGGCAAAUAAGAAUUGCUUCCAGAUAUGAUAAACACAGAAAGUCUUAUUGGCUGAAAGAGAGCUGACGCUUCCACUUGUUAAGCUUUCAGUGCACUGAUGGAUAGGUCUGUGUGAGCAGGAAGAGGGAUAACUUUUGUGGGUAGUAACAAUCCGCUCAUAUGUCUCUUUUCCUAAUUUAUUCUCAUUUUCUGGAAUUAAUAUCUGAAGUUUAUCAAUCUCGUUUUCUAAAAGCCUUCAGAUAGACUCAGACUCUGUGUGCUUGUGGUAGACUUCUCUCUAUGUUAUGUACUGAAGUUCUCACCCUGGGCCAGCAGGGGGAUACUGUAGAUAGUUUUCACUCAGGUCCACAUAUGCAAAUAAGGGAUCAAAGUGACGUUCAGUGAUUGGAUAGUUCCAGAAAAUGGUUACUGAUGCGUUCUAGUGGAGCUCUAUAUAAGCAGGCUGGCUGAACCCUUCAGUUCAGUUCUGUUCUGGCCUGUGAAUAAACAAGAGCUGUUUGAAGAAUCACUGUGUCGUCUGAUAUGUUCAUCCACAACUUAACACUCUAUACAUUCAGGCCUGCUCCAGUUAUGCGUAAAAAUGCAAUUUAAAGCACAAAGAUAUAGCUGAAGGGCCGUGAACCUUCCUCCACGUUAUCGUCACAGCUACUUGCCAUCUGGUUGCUUUCCUUCCAGUAUAUUUCUGGUCUAAGAGCCUGACCCAGGUGGGGUGGGUGGUGGGGAGACCCUACGAGACACGUGUAGUUUGUCCCUUAUUUAAUGAUGUCUACCCUGUGAGCAACAGCAGUACUUGUUAUCUGAUCUCACACUUGGAGAUUCAUCUAGAAUGCGAGCCCAAAAUAGAAAGACCACUGCAGGAAGAGCUUCAUUAGAGGUCCGGGGGGAUUUCUUGUACAAAGUUCCAUUUCCAUCCUGUGUAGUGUGUUAGUAUCGCAUUACAAGCAUACUCCAAGCUUUUAUCUUCCAUUCUCUCUGAAUGGUUUUUUGUUUGAUCUUCCUACUUGUACUUCCUUUCGCCUUUCCCCCACACUUUCACUCUCACAUUAUUGCGGCUGAUAAACCCUUGCUUGAUAUUCAGUAUAUCCAUCUGUAUCCACCAUCAAUAACAUUCUUUAAAUACUGUAGCAAUGAAAAGAACAAUACCGGCAACGUCUCUGCAUUGUUCCCUGUUAACUUACGCGUUUUGAAUAUUUCUGUGCUGCUACCAAUUUUGUUGUGGAGAAGGAAUGGUGUUGUCAGCCAUUAUUUGUAAAUACACAAUGAGGACACUUACCAGGGAUGACACAGAAACCUUUACAGGGUUUAAAUGAAAUUGCGUUUUUCAGAUGUCCAGAAGAUUAAGCAUUUGAGGCAAACUUGUCCCUCAGUUUACAAGAAUUAAAAACUGACCCUUAAGUACAAAUGAUUGUUACAACUCUGGCUUCAAUUUAUUGAAACAAGUAUUUGCAAAUUAAUACGUACACAUACAUGUGUGUGCACACACUCCAAGCAUUUGCAAAUCCUAAGUAUUUUCACUUUAAGAAAACCUGGAAAGCAGCUGUAAUAGCAUCCACAGGGGUCAUAUGAUCAGGGCCUGCUUUCCAGCCUCCUUCUGACUUAGCUUCACAGCGUUUAGUAUUCUAGAUCCCUUGUUUCUGGCUUCUAUCUCAGCGCACAGUUUCUGGGAAUCCUAGAAAGAUGUUGGAAGUGACCCUGAGGGUUCUCUAGUUCAACCCCCUGCAAUGCAAGAAUUUCAACUACAGUAUCCUCACAAGGUUUGGUUUCCAGACUUUUUAUCAUCUUGCACAGCUUGCCAGAAUCCUCCUUAAAUUGGGGUGCCCAGAACUGGACACAGUACGCCAGGUGUGGCCUGAUUCACUCCUAAGCAGUAGUGGCUAGAGGGGUGGAAUUGCUCACCUGGCUUCCCAGUGUGGAGGUCGCUGCCAAUAACUGAGAGGUGGUAGGCAGGUUAGCAUGGUGUGGGCACAGUUGCAGUAGCAUCAGAAUUGCUGCUGUGCCCACACUGCGCUGAAGUCCCUGACACCUCCCCCUCCCUCUCAGUGACAUGUGCAUUAGGAAGCCACUGUGAGCUAUGCUGCCCUGUUGUGCUCCGCUGGCUGAGUUUUUGCCAACAGAACAUUUGUGAACAGUCCAUGAAAUCACAGCACAUCAGCCAAUGUGGACAAUUGCCUUCUUGUCUAGGGCCAAUUGCUUUGAAACCAAAGCUUAUGUUCUCUUCUACAAAACCCUUUGUGAAAUGCCUGAAGAGUGUUUAUGUAACUGAAUCUUGCAUUCAUGAAAAUCACUAUAGGAGUUGGCCUAAUAAAUGGUAACCCUACCUCUUCUGUUCUGUACAUGCUGCUCCCUGUGCUGUGUGGAUCAUGGGAUUGGACUUAGAGACUCCAGCCCUGACAGAGCAGGAAACCUGUUCCAAGGGAUCUACAGUUUUGGCUGACCUUAGUUGCCAAGCCUAAAGUGAUGGUUGCCAAGACCUUGGCCCACUCCUUAUCCCUGACCUUGCACUGUGCCUCUGCAUGAAAUCUGGGGCAAUCUCCUGCCCCUCUCUCUCCCAAGUUCAGAGCUGGAAAGGAGGAGGCAGAGAUUACCCCCUUCCAAAGCACAGAGUAACUGCAGAGAUGAUUCCCGCAGCCUUCAUCAGCUCUGAACUUGGAGCUGAGCGGUGUACCAUUUUGCUGCAGCAGCAGUCUCUAGGCUUCCUUUCCAGAGCCAGAGGGAAAGGCUGAGACAUGUUUUGGUGCUGGGUGUGACAGGUCUUCCUAGUAGUUGCUUCUGAGCCUCCCUAGCUUGAAACUGGAAAGGAAUGCUGGGCUUUCCUUGUCUCACUUGCCCAAGAGAAUCUAAACCCUCAACCUGCAGAGUGGCAUUGUUGACCCCUUCACAUUACGCCAGCAUGCUCUGGUCUCUUGUGUUUAAUCAGCAGUAGGUGCAAGAACUGCUGUUUCAGAAUAGGGAAGAGUUGCUAAUGUUGUGCACAAGCUGUGUACAAAAGAGAUGGUGGGAAUGUGGCAAAGAGAUCAGGGAGAACCCUGGCAUUUAUUCCAGGAACGUUUAUGCUAAAUCAAAGUAUUGGUCCAUCUAACUCAGUACUGUCUGUGACCUGACUGGUAGCAGCUUUCCCUUGUUUCUUGUAAGAGUCUUUCCCAGCUCUUCCCAGAGAUGCUAGGGAUUGAAUCUGGAACCUGUUGCAUGCAAAGCACAUGCCUUGUCACUGAGCUGCAGCCUGUACUAUGGACCCACAGGUUCUAAUACUACUGAGCCUUUCACCAGCUAGCAAAAAGCUACAUGGGGUGAAUCUGCCAAGGUCUCCACUGCAUGUCUCAUGCAGCAUGUUGUGGUAGUUUCCCAGCACAACUCUUUCCAUGCUCUGUAUCAGCCACUGGAAGGUACAGGAUUAGGCUGUAAAUUUGAUACCUUUUAAAAUAUCUCUCCCACCCUCCCGACCCCCCAAAAACCUGCAUUAAGAUAUUUCAGUGGUUAAUGUAAUGUCUUAAUAAACUAAAGGCAACUUAAUAAACAAGGCAAUAGAAUAAAAACAUAGUUAACAAACAAACAAAAAAACUUUACAACAUGCUGUUGAUAGUACCUGUGUUAAUUGCAAUGCAUGUUUGAAAAUACCUACCCUGAACUAUCAGGAUAGCUUUUCGAGAGACUGAAAUAUAUUUUGUCUUAGUACCAACUUGAUUCCCUGGAGUUCUUAUAAUUGUAUUAGCAGUUAUAGAUGCCUUUUCAAGUUAGAAUGCAACUAGGCAAAGGAGUUCCCGUGGGCAUACAAGAAACGUUCUGGUGUGUAGAUCAACACUGCUUAUUAACAGCUUGUUCUGAACUGUAUAAAUCCCAACUCCUAAAUCUGUACCGUGUGAUCUGUUUGUUUGCCUAGGAAAACCAAUCAUCAGCAAAUGGUCCAUCUCAAAAUAACCAGUCCCAAGUCAGAGACGGAAACAUGGGAUACCCAAAGCUUCGUGCUGGUUACAUCCCCAUUCCAGUCAUACAUGAAGGUGCAGAGAACAGACAGCAGCACUAUCCUGGCUAUCAGCCUAGCAUGCGAGCCAAGGCAGAAACCAUUCCUCCCACAGCACGGGCCCCGUCACCUCUAAGAAGAAACUUCGUCCGUUCACAGUCCCCAGCUAGGGGAUUUGCAGAAGCUGCCCAAACAGAUAAACCUUGUGGACAGACAACAACAGCUGCACCAGUCCAAGUACCCCUCUCACAUAGAUCCGAGGUAAGUUGACAGAAUUGCUGUGGUAUGUUUUGCAUUAGAAUAUUUGCACGGUUUAGGAUUUCAGUUAUAGUGUGGAGUUGAGUUAUAGCUGAUACUUAAUUGGCUUUUCUUCCUUCUCUCCCAAAUAUUACUAAUUUGGUAUGUGUACUUCACAUAUAUGCUGUGGUAGUAAACAGAUCUUGUCGUCCCCCCCCCCCGCAUGUAUAUAAAAGAAAUUUCAUACAUAUAAACAUUCAGGGCAUCAUUAUUUUCUUGCAUACUGAUCAGUUUAGAAGGAGAUGCAUUUCAUUGCAAUACCUAUUCAUUUGAUUACUUGUUUCCAGAGAGAACUAGAUACUGUUGAAAAGGAAGAUUAAUUAUAUGUGAAAUUCAGCUUGCAAAUAAAUUGCUUGGUUUGUAAGCUCUGAACCACUUUGAGCUCCAUAAAGUGAAGCUAUAGACAUGCUUGCAUUCACUAAGUUGGACCAAGCAGUGCAAAUCUGUGAGAGUAAAGGUGAGACUGUACCUGUUGCAUUAAGUUUAAAGCUUCUCCUGCAGGAAAGGAAAACCUAAACCUGAAAUAAGACUAUAAGGGAUUUUCAAUCCCGUAUGUUUACACAUGAUUUCUAUUUAAAACUAUAAAGAAAUAACAAAUUGGGCUUUGUCGGCACAGCUGCCCAUCACUACAAAGCUUUAAUCUCCUUUUUGUUACGUUUGACCAAAUUUAAAACCAAAAAGUGGUGUUUUGUUGUUGAUAUUCUACUGGUAAAAUGCAGGAGGGAGUCAUAAUGCAACAUACUGUUCGAAAGGUAUAGACAAUGCUAUGCCAAGACUGCAUCUGACUCUGGAUGCAGCACAAGCCAGCGAUACAUUGAAGCUGCCUUCACCCAGCCAGCAAAAGACAUCACAGGCAAAGGACCCCUUUUAUAGUUUUAUGCUGCCCUCAGUUUUUUGCACAAGUAAGAGUGGACAAAGCCACUCAAAAUACUUCAGGUUUAAAUCCUUCUGAUUUUUUUUUGUAUCUAAUAUGAUACCCAUACAUAAUCUCACAUUUGUUUUGCUAACUGUGACUCAUGAGUUUUACAGCUCCAAGAUUUCAAUUUUCUUAAAUUAAUUUCCAUUUAUAAUUAACAGAACAAUUUAAAGGAAUGAAUUAAUUUGGUUUUCACAUUUCUCCAGCAUCCAGACUGGGGCAAGGGAAAAAGUCCAGAGGGAGCUUUCUUCAGAUUAAAAUAUGCUGCCAAGCAUGCUUCAACCUGUUGUUCCAGGCAUUGUGGAGUGCCUAGUCUAGUGUAUAAAUCUGCCUAGUCUCUAUGCCAUAUAACUACUACCACUGCAAUAUCAUAGAUACAGUAACCUCUUUUUUUGGUAAACAAACUUAUGGCUAAUAUGAUAGUAUAAUAUGAAUAACAAUUUUGGUUUGUUUUUUCUCCAGCAGUCACCAUCACCUGCACCUUCUGAGUCACCAACCCUUUCCCCUCAGUCACCAGGCAGGCCCAGUUCGGGAAGCCACCAGCUCCCUCGUGGAUAUAUUCCUAUCCCUGUUAUUCAUGAGGGGAAUUUUCCAAGGCAACCAUUACAAGUCCACCAUCAAACACAGAAGACACAUUAUCCAGCUCAGCAAAGUGAUUACCAACCUCACCAACCGGUUUAUGGCAAAAUUCAGGUUGAUGAUCUGGAUCAGAGGCCACAACGGGCUCAGUCACCAAUCAGGGUGUCACAGAGAGGUUCAGCUAGUCGUGAAAGUUCACCAGGCAGAAUCCAGUCUCCGACUACCAUAAGAAUACAGUCAGUUAGACCUCAGGUAGGUGUGGUGAGCUUAUACUUGUCCCACUUUGAUUUCCAUUACUAUUUAUUCUGCUGAUUAUAUUUGGAUUGCAUUACUCAUGCUAGAAAUUUGCAAGGUAAUCUAAAAGCCAAUAUCCAUCAUUGACACAACUAAUCAGCUAAUGUAUUCGUAGCAGAUGAAAAAUUAUAGCUCCCAUUUUCAUUUUUUUAAAAAUGAAACUAUCUGGGCCCUGCCAGAACCAUAAUCUUAACUUUUGUCUGUUUAACAUAGUUUCCUUAUCCAGAGCCUGUUAGUUGUGAGAGAAGGGGUCCAUAAAUUAUAGUAUACACUGUAUUGUGCAACCAUUUCCCCUCAGUUGAAGGAACCUAGAGUCUUACUGUUAACAACAUAUUACUGAGUGUUCAUUGGUUUUAUCUACAAUUCAGUUAACUAGCCUUUGAACUUUUUACCCUGUAGGGCAUGCAUAGGCAAACUUGGCCCUCCAGAUGUUUUGGGACUACAACUCCCAUCAUCCCUAGCUAACAUGACCGGUGGUCAGGGAUGAUGGGAAUUGUAGUCCCAAAACAUCUGGAGGGCCAAGUUUGCGUAUGCCUGCUGUAGGGCAGUGCUGAGGAGCCUCCAGGUCAUGGGCCUGUUUGGCGCAAACCACCCCCACCAGCAGACACUAUUUGAUCUGAUACUUUUUGUGUCAUUUUUGUGUCAUUGUGUGGCAAAAGAAGCAGCCUCCAAAUUCAAAAAGCACCUAAUUAUAAAGUGAAGGGUCAGAUUAAGGCUGGAAAGGAAGAACUGGGAGCACGUAUAGAAUGCACUGCCACUUCUUAACUUACAGUUACAGCCACAGCUUGAAUUCAAGUGGGGGGUUUCAAAAUAUUGCUUUGAAUAAGGCAUGUUUUGUUCCUCACUAUUAGAUUCUCAUAUACAUACAUACAUACAUACAUUUAUCCUUCCGGACCUUAAGAAACAAAACAAAGAUCCACAAUUUUCUCCCCUGUUCCUGUCUAUUCAUGUUCUGUUACUUUUCUUCAUAACUUUUGUAUCCAUAGAAGUCUCUUCUCGGGCUCUGGUCUAUUUUUUUGAGAUUUGUCUGUAUUUUAAAAAUUGGUGCACGUUGAGUGUAGUCUCAUAUAUACAUAUAUAUAUAUAUAUAUAUAUAUAUAUAUAUAUAUAUAGACACAUACAACCUAUGACUGAACAUUUAAAUGUCAUACAUCCGGAAAUGCUGAACUCAGUGCUGUCAUUGUAUUUAAAGCUGAAAUCCCAUUACUUCUUUUCUUGGUUCCUGUUUACCACCAAAUGUUCUUCUCAUUCUUCAGGCCUCGCAACCCCAAGUGCCAACACAAGCAUCGCCACCAACUCUACCACCUGAUAUCAAAUUUGAAAAGAAGACUGGCUCCUCUGGAACAGAAAUCCCUGCUGCAUUCAUCCCCAUUCAAGUUAGUCAUACAGAUACAGAUGCUAAGCCAACUUCACAAAAACCUCCUCCUACAGCAGAAAAUGUGGAUAAAAAAAUUCCUUGCCCCCCUAAAGCUGCACCUGUCGAAGAAAAACCUAUCCCACAAGAGCCUGAACCACAGAAGACUUCAGAAGAGCUUCAGAAGCAUCCCGGAGUCUUGAAAGUUGAAGCCAUUCUGCACAGAGUGCAGGCCCUGGAGCAGGCUGUCGAUUCCUUUCAAGGCAAGCAGAAUGACAAGAAAUACCUAAUGAUAGAAGAAGAUUUGACCAAAUUGCUGCUAGCUUUGGACUCUGUGGACCCUGAGGGCCGGGCAGACGUCCGGCAGGCCAGGAGAGACGGUGUAAGAAAAGUUCAGAAUAUAUUGGAAAGACUAGAACAGAAAACAGAUGAUGUCCCAGAGCCCGUUGAAGGGGACGGACAUCAGCCACCUUUGCCUGAGAAUAAUCCACUGUCACAGGGGAAAAUGGAUGUUGAUCCUGCGAUGGCGAACCUUCCCAAGGAGGCAAGUGAUGAGAAUGCCAAGGAGCAAAUCAAAGUAGAAGUGAAUCAACCUGGAUCUAAGGAAGAAGUAGCCGCCAGUCUUGCCAAAGAAACAAAUAGACCUGAAAAUGUGACUGAACCAUAGCCACAGGGGAAAAAUUAAAGUCCUCGGACUGUUUAAGUUAAAGUGUGUGUUAAGUGAAAUUUAACUUGCAUGCAUUUCAGGAGCUUUGCACCAAUUGGUUUUUAAUAAACUUAGCAGCUUGGGACACUGUAAACACUCAGGUGGGGGCGAUGUGGGGGCAUAAGGAAGAAGAAAAAACAUUUAAUCUAUUUUCUGUAUAUUGCUCAGAAGAUGCGUCUGAAGAAUAUCUUGUAAAAGAAUUGUUUUCACACCACUCUGUGGUAGGGGAAGUAGGGUCAAUAUCAGCAAGUGAAACUUUUUAAAAGGCACUCGGCGGCGGCGGGAGGAGGAAAUGUUUUCAAUAUUAGGCACUUUAAGUAAUGAUGCCUGGAUAGCAUGGUAAUAAAUUGUAGGGAUAUUUAUAUGUGUUAAGAACUUCAGUGCUAUAUUUUAAAUGGAAAAAAAGAAAUAAAUAAUAACGUAGAAACCUG